AUGCUGUCCGCCGGUCAGAAAACGGAUAACAUCUCCCAACAGAUAAGCACACUUUCGGCGACCACAAAGGCCAUGAUUAACAGCAAACCCAAAAUCAAUGAUUUACCACGAUAUCCCUAUGUCGUCUCCAUCGGUACAAACGUCAAAGGAUCCUACAAACAUCUCUGUGUGGGCGUGAUCCUGUCGAAUCAGUUCGUUCUCACUGCGGCCCACUGCGUAAAACCAAGCCAAGCCCUGAACAGCAAAACGAAAAUGUUUGUAGCCGCUGGCGAUGAUUUCGUGGGAAGUCGGAAGCAGACGCGGUUCUUCGUUGUCCGCUUGGAGUGGCAUCCCCAGUUUAAGCCGCUCGGCGGCUACGACAUUGCCUUAAUGAAGGUCCACCCUAAAUUGCCUUUGGAUGGCACCCGAUUCCGAAGUAUUAACUUCAAUGACAGACCGCAAAAGGCUAGUGGCGUGAAGGUUUCUAUGGUUGGCUGGGGACGGGUCAGCAUCGGCAGGAUGAAAAAGCUGAAGGAGUUGCCUUUUGAGACAAUAGAUAAUGGUGUGUGUAAGCAGAAGCAUCGAUUCGUAUUCCUCACCAAAGUUGAGAUGUGUGCGGUGCACUUGAAAGGAUCUAUAGGCGCCUGCGACGGAGAUUCGGGAGCCCCUUUAAUUGAUGUGGCCAAAGGGAAGCUCUACGGCUUACUUUCGUAUGGCAAAAAGGCUUGCAAACCUUUAAAGCCCUAUGCCUUUACUCGUGUCAGCGAGUAUUCUAAAUGGAUUCGGAGAACUAUGGACAAAAUGGCUUUAAAUUAGGCUAAGUACACUUUUCGCCAUCAUUGUAUUUAUAUUAAAGUAAACCCAACGAUAUGAUAU